AAAGAAAGAAAGAAUAAAAAUACACCAGAUACACAAAUGAGAGACAUCUUUUGUAGAUUGAAUAAAAGACUCCAUGUAUUUCCUAUUAGAAUCUGAGAUUGGGAUUAAAGGAAACAAUGAUUACAGUUUGUAAAUUGUCAGCAAUCAACUCUCUCAAGUAUUUCGCAUCGGUUUCUAUUUUACAGUCCUCAAGCUAAUUUUGACAACACACACGCAUACGCACACGCAAAAAAAAGCUUACUACAAUGACCCAAAGCUCAUGUUAAUUGGACAAAUGGAGAAUGAAGAACCACAAUUGGGUCUGAUGGAUCAAGAUGAAAAUUCACAACUUGUCAAAAAAGUCGGCAAGACAUAUGAACAAAGCCGCGUCUACUGGAGGGGUCGAUGGAAGGCUUCUGGUAAUACAUGGGUUUGUGUCCGGCCGGUCAUCGUUAAUACACAGAAGCCAAGAUGGUCUUCCGAUAGCCAUGAGUUUCUUUCUUGUCAUGAAUGGCCUGUGGAGUUGGCGACUCCACGGGUCAACCAUGGUCUAUCGAGCAAGUCCCAAAGCGCGCGUGUAGCGUGUGAGCCCGUUGUCCGUAUUCCCAUGUAUUACUGGUUGCUUUCUGUCCUCUCUUCUGGUGGGCGCGGCUGUCUGUUGCUUCCGCCAGUGGGUUUGUUGCUUCCCACUGGUAGGCCCUUUCCUCCUACCAGUGGACCUGUUAUCUCUCGCCAGUGGACCUAUUAUCUUCCGCAGAUAGGUCUUUUUAUAUUACGGCCAACUGCCCAUUUUUCUUCCAUUGAGCCAUUUAUCCCACUGGCGGGUCUGUUGCUUCCUGUUGCUUCUAUCAACAAUCAAUUUGCCUCUACGGCGGAACAAAAUGGUUCCAUUCCUGCCACAAAAUUGUUGGCUAUCGCAUGCCUUUUGGGCACGUCGUCAAAAGCCGAUACGGCUCACCAGAAGCCCAACAAGGGGCGCAAGAGAAAAGGCCAAACCGGCCAACAGCAAAGGCCCAAGAUGCGCGCCAGGCCAGAGGCCAAUCCGGCCUACCACAAGCCCAACAAGGGGCGCCAAAGAAAAGGCCAAACCGGUCAACAGCAAAGGCCCAAGAUGCGCGCCAGGUCAAAAGCCAAUCCGGCUCACCAGAAGCCCAACAAGGGGCGCCAAAGAAAAGGCCAAACCGGUCAACAGCACAGGACCAAGAUGUGGUCAUGA